CCUUGCUCAAAAUACCAGUCAGCGCUUUUUCCAUAAAUAGAAGGAGUGGAAUCUGAUAUUCCCAUCUUGGCAGCAUGGCAGACAGACUACACAUGCGUGUCCCCCGAGCUAAUCGACACCAGCUGCCAAAAACGUUUGUUGAUUCUCAAGUUGCAAAGGAAUUCGACCCGACCUGACUUUGUAGUAGGAGGAGGUCAGCGUAGUGCAAGCAUUUGUGGUUCUUAAAAAGAUGACAGAGGAUGAUGGAGGACUGAAUCCUCAGCAGAAGAGAUUGUUGGAUGGACUGUACACGUUCUACCAAAAAGGUCAGCUGACCGAUGUCACAUUGGACGUAGAAGGACAACAGUUUGCGUGCAACAGGAACAUCCUGGCAGCUAGUAGUCCCUUCUUCAGAGCUAUGUUUACCAGUGAUGUCAGAGAAAGUACAGAUAGUGUUGUUCCAAUACAUGAGAUCAGCAAAGAUGCCAUGGAGACUCUGCUUGAAUAUAUUUACAGUGGAAAAAUCAAUCUGACCAAUGAGAAUGUCCAAAACGUCUUCUCCGCGGCCAACUUCCUUGAAAUGCUGGAAGUCGUUGACAAGUGCAUUAAUCACAUAUCUGCAGCUGUUGGGCUGGCUAACUGUCUGGAUGUGUUUUUCUUUGCUAUGUAUAACUACUGUGAAAAGUUGAAACAAAACAGUGGAAAAUUCAUUCUCAAGAAAUUUCCAGAAAUAGCCGAGUCCGAGGAGUUUAUGUCUAAAGUGGAAGUUGGGGACUUAAUCUGGUUUUUGUCAUCCGAUGACAUUUACGUAGAUCGCGAGGAGUAUAUCUUUGAAUAUAUUUUGAAAUGGAUAGACUUUGAUGCAGAGACAAGAACCAGGCUUUUUCCCAAACUGUUCAAGUGCCUGCGUUUGCCAUUGAUAAAUGAUGAGUAUUUUGAAGAAAACGUUGCAAGUCAUGAGCUGGUUAGAGGGAAUAGCUUUUGUCAAGGAGUUUUGACAUCAUUUAGUCUUUUCAAAAUUCAGCAAGCUCACAUGUUAGAUGUUGAUACAGACUCACCAUUUGCAAACCCCACCCCAAGACUCGGAAUGUUCAACCGAAAACUGAUUGUGUAUUCUGGGGGUGCUUAUGCGGCCAAUGAAAGGUCAUUCACAGCAUUUGACCCAGUCACUAAGAAGAAUUACUAUGGAAUAAAGCCCCACCCGUCCUUUGAUUUCAAAUUUCGGAUAGACUACUUUUCUUUGGUUACCACAGACAACAAUAACAUUUACUUCAUAGGUGGCAUUUUCUAUGAGAAUUAUCAUUUUUCUGUGACAGGGGAGGCUGAGAAAGAUUUCUUCCUGUAUGACGAAAAGGAAUCUAAGUGGCUGCCCAUGAAGCCUAUGGGAGUAGCUCGCUGUCAGUUUGCCGCCUGUAACUACGGAGAUGAAGUGUUUGUAUGUGGCGGAAAAUCUAGUUUUCCGCUUGGAGAACCAAUGGACACUGUGGAAGUCUAUGAUCCAGAAAUCCACUUUUGGACAGUUAUGGAACCAAUGCCUAUGGCGCUGUACCAGCAUUCACUGUGCUGCCAUGGUAAAGCUUUGUACGUCUUUGGUGGAAAAGAUGUUGUAGAUGAACAUGUAGAAAGUGUAUUCCGAUUUGACAUUCCCACAAACUGUUGGACCGUGGUAUGCACCAAUAUGCUGAAACCACGCUCCGAACAUCUCUCACUGAUUGUGGAGGACAAGAUCUUUAUUUUGGGGGGUGGAUCCAAACAUUCCAAUGCUGUGGAGGUGGAGAUUUUUGACCCUGCCACCAACAGAUGGUCAUUUGGUGCCGAUUUUGUGGAGGAGAGGAAAAUAUUUGCAGGCUGUGUGUAUGAAGGACAGAUUUAUAUCACAGGAGGUGUGAGACAGUUCAGCAGACCCGACAAGCCGACAAGAACUGUGGAAACAAAAGACUUCUAUCGCUACCAUGUCCAUCGGAACGAGUGGGAGAAACUGGUCCGUUUUGUUCAGUACGCUAGCACUCAGUGCUGUACUGUGGCAACACUCAAUGUCAAGUUCCUCCACGAAAGCGACUUUGUCAGUGUAGGAGAAGGAGUGGAACCCAGUCCACAUUAGGUAGCUUAUAAUGUAGUAUGAAGUGUCAGUGAAAUCAACUUCUACAAAGCAGAGAAGUUGAUAAAUCAAAAUUUGUUAUCUUCAUGGUGUGGAGUCCGUGAAAUUAGCAUUGGCUUCUUUGAAGGUAGAAAAGUUGAUAUAAAGUCUACAUUAGUUAUAUUCUCUGUGUCUUGUCGACUGUCAGAGAAGAUCCCAUUAAGAUCACAUCGCAUGAAAAUAGUGGUGUUUUACUGUAAUGUUUCUGAGUGACAACUGUGUAAGUGUCAGGGAACAUGUAAAGUUUGGUACAACAACAUACAGAUUUGGCAUGUAGCCAGGUACAACAGUAACUAUGAUUUUUAGCUCACUUGAUUUUAGUUGAACCUUUUAUGAUCAAAAUUUAUGCGUUGUCUGUUGUUGGCGCCGUUGUUGUCGUAAGCUUUUCACACUUUCAUCUUCCCCUCCAAAACCUCUGUAUAAAUGAAAGGCCACACUUCCUUAAAGGAAAGAUAAUUUAAAGUAAGUGAAAAUUUUUUGGUUUUUUUCAAAAAAGUUUUCUACUUUAAACAGUCAGGGGCAUAAUGCAAACAGGUUAUUUUUUAGAAGAACUCAAGUUAUUAUUAAGGUCAAAGUGAGUUACCUCUCUUUGCGUGUAACUCUCUUUUCUAUUACUUAUAACUUUAGAAAGUUAUUUAAAAGUUGUGUAUUCUUUUUUUCAUCAAUAACUCUAACAAGUUAUUUUUAUUUGAUGUUUUAAUUGGUUCAAGUUGUUUCAAUAAUUAAAAAACUCUAAAAGAUCCACACCCGGCCCGUCGGGCUUAUAUGGGUAUAGUCCACUAAUGCAUUUUCCAUAGGCGGUAAUGUUAAAGUAAGGGUUCAUAGCUCUGGCCCUAAUUUUUGUUCAGCGACCCCUUGAAUAAAAGCUCAUCAAAUUGUCUCUCUCCUGUUAAAAUUUUGUGGUGUGAAGUCAGAUUUGUUUCCCGGCAAAAUGUGUCUGUAUUGAAAAUGAAAGUAAAAGUAGGGGAUUUCACAAUUUUGGAAAGGGUGAACAUCAAACAAUUUUAAUUCUUUUCUUUAAAUGAUAAUUCAAUUUUGACACUUGCUUUUAAAAUUGCAAAUCCUCUUUUCUGGCAUGUGUCAAGCAUUUUGAUUUAAAAUGUCCCAAUAAAUGUAUAUACACUCUGCAAGUAUAGGAACUAUUUUGCUUAAAGGCACUACUUUGUUGUCCUACCGAUUCUAAAAAUAGUUAGAGGGAUAUACCCAUAUGUCACUUUUAUAAACACAAUAAUGUACACAAUAAUGUACAGAAUACAUUAAGAAAACAGCGCAAUGCAAGAUGGGGAAAAAAACCCAAAAGGACAAAAAAAAACAACAAAAAAUACAUGUUUAAAUACAUAAUACAACAAAUAAAUCUUUAAGGAGUUUUGGGAUAUCAGUGAGUUUAAGUAUUAUUUUUAUAUAUUUGCUUACAACUCAUUACUUAAAUACAAUUGAUUGUCUUUUCUUACAAUGUAAGUAUAAAUAUUUGGCAACCUGACGAGGAUAAUUGACAAUGAGCAAACAUAAUAAUUCAUCAUCUGAAUAUUUUUCUGACUGAUUAAGACCAGUAUUUUUAAAUAGUUUUUUUUCGAUAAUUAUUAUAUAAAGAACAAUGUAAUAAAUGUAAUAAAAAAAUGUUAUACUUUCAUGUUAAAUACUGAAAUCUGAUCGGUUUAGACGCAGUUGGUAAUCCGUUCUAUUACCCUCAGCGUUAGCAACAUACUUGGCAACGGGUAACACAACGAAUUGUUACAUGCGCGUAAAUUAUGCGCGUAUGGUUCACCGUAGAGUUCACUUCAUUUCUAUAUAAAAGCAGUAAAAUUUUCAUAAAAAAUAAGACAUUCAGUAUAAUAAAAUAAAUAGUGCCUGUUUAGGAGGGUAACUGUUGAA